AUGUCUCAAGUAUAUGUUAACGAGAAGACAGGCGCUGACAGCACUGAUGUCAGCGGAUCAGAACAACAACCGUUCCAGACGCCAGCAUUUGCAUUGUUUAAGAACGAAGACGCUAAGAUUUUGGUUUACAAACAGUUAGAAGACUCGGAAGAAUUUGGUUACGGCGAAAUUUCGGCAUCUGCUUUGAAAAAAGCCAAGAAGGGAGCCGAAGGAUUAAAGAAGAAACAAGAAAAACAGGCCAAGUUACAGGAAGAACAAAGAAAACAUCAAGAUGAUGCUGCUAAAAAAUUUGCAGAAAUGGACUUGAUCAGCAUUAAGGAAGACGAAUCGCUUCCUCAGGCCAAAAAAAUCAAAUUGAGAACUGUACAAGAUAACAUUGGUACCAGAGUCGUUGUUCAGGGUUGGAUUCACCGUUUGAGAUUGCAAAAGGGAUUGGGAUUCAUCACCUUGAGAGACGGUACUGGAUUCAUCCAAUGUAUAUUGACUGGAGACUUAGCCAAAUGCAAGACCACGCACGAACUUACUUUGGAAUCUACUGUUACCAUCAAGGGUGUUAUCAACAAGUUGCCAGAAGGUAAGUCUGCUCCAGGAGGAGUUGAAUUGAAGGUGGAUUACUAUGAGGUUGUGGGUCUUGCCCCAAGCGGUGAAGAGGCUUUCAGUAACAAGGUGCAAGAAAACGCGGAUCCAUCAUUGUUGUUAGACCAACGUCAUUUAGCCUUAAGAGGAGAAAGUUUGUCGGCUGUUAUGAAGGUCAGAUCUACUUUACUCCAAGCGAUUAGAAGAUUUUUCGCUGAAGAAGGUCUUUUGGAAGUCACACCACCAUGUAUGGUUCAAACCCAAGUUGAAGGUGGAUCUACUUUAUUCAAAAUGGAUUACUACGGUGAAGAAGCUUACUUAACUCAAUCUUCCCAAUUAUACUUGGAAACCUGUUUACCAGCAUUAGGUGAUGUUUUCUGUGUUCAAGAGUCAUUCCGUGCCGAAAAAUCCCACACUAGAAGACAUUUAUCCGAAUAUACUCACAUUGAAAGUGAAUUAGGAUUCAUAGAAUUCGAUGAUUUAUUAACACAUCUUGAACGUUUAAUCACCUACGUUGUCAAGUACGUUGUUGAAGACCCAGUAGCUGGUCCUUUAAUCAAACAGUUGAACCCUAACUUUGUUCCCCCACAAAUGCCUUUCAAGAGAAUGGAAUACAUCCAUGCUUUAGACUGGUUGAACGAACACGGCAUUCCAAACGAAGAUGGUGAAAAAUUCAAGUUUGGUGACGAUAUUGCAGAAGCUGCUGAACGUAAGAUGACCGACACCAUUGGUGUUCCAAUCUUGUUAAUCCGUUUCCCAGUCGAAAUUAAAUCAUUCUACAUGCAAAAGUGCGCCGAUGAUCCAAGAGUCACCGAAUCGGUCGAUGUCUUGAUGCCAACUGUGGGUGAAAUCACCGGUGGUUCUAUGAGAACUUAUGACAACGAUGAAUUGGUUGCCGCUAUCAAAAGAGAAGGUCUUGACUUAGAUUCAUACUACUGGUUUACUGAUCAAAGAAAGUAUGGUACAUGUCCACAUGGUGGUUAUGGUUUAGGUACUGAAAGAAUUUUAGCUUGGUUAUGUGACAGAUUCACUGUCAGAGAUUGUUCCUUAUAUCCAAGAUUUACUGGAAGAUGUAAGCCAUAG